AUCAGCGACCUCACGUAUGCAAAUACUGUGAGAAAACCUUUUCUCUGUUGUUUAAGCUCCGGGAACACGAAAAGUCUGUUCAUUUGAAGCAAAAACUCUGCACGUGUGAACACUGUGGCAGAUCGUUUUCUUCGAAAGGUAGUUUGCAAACACACUUCAUAUGUGCUCAUUCGACACAGCGCCCCUAUACAUGCGAACAGUGUGGCAAAUCGUUUUCACAGAAGGGUAAUAUGCAAAAACAUCUGAAAUCUGUUCAUUCAAAGGUUGGACACUCAGCUUCGAAUGGUAACACGGUUGCACAAGUAGAAUUGGAGCAGGAGAGCAAGGUACAAGUCCCUUCAUAAUGUGGCGAUGGCCUUCAAUACAUGCGGCGGGAUUGGAACGCUGUUGGUCAGUACAACUGUCUCCCAAUGUGAAUCGACACGGGUGGCAAUGCGACGUUUACAUGCAUUUGGCUCUUUACAGACGGAGUACUUGACCCAUGAAUGUGCAUACAGCUCGCUCCGAAACCCGCUCUGUAUUUGAUUUCCACCUCAAUUUUUGUUAGUACUUUAAAUACAUGUGUACUUUU